CAGAGACGAAACUGGCGCCAUUUCAGAUCCAUAACAGGACAUUGCAGAGUAAAACACAACGCAGAAGGAGCCAACAUGGCGAACUCUGGGAUCCAGUUUCAUAACCUGCGACAGGGAGGCCAGCCAGUCAGUCACUCGCAAACUGGGAGAAGGUUGUUUCUGCAGCCAACCAGGCCCCGCUUGUAAGAGUGAUGCUUUCCUUUCGUUACAGGAAAUUGAAACGUUUGCGUUUGUUUUUGCAGAGAAAGAGAUAUUCAACUGAUUUUUUUUUUUAAAUAUGUAGGUUGGCUAAAAACCAAUGAUUUAUAUAUAUAUUACCUGCAUUGAGUUGUGAAAUAAAGAGUCCAUUUGGAGCGCGUCAGCUGUAGUACACACAGAGAUGUUUAACUUGACAAUAUGAUUUUGUUACUGAUAAAACAAACGCGCUGUAAAUUCUAGCAGAGCUCUGCAAGAUUCUGAAAGACAAAAAGUUACUCCUUGCAAAUUUAAACCAGUGUGUUUUCUUUCUUUACCUCACCAGAAGAAGAACUGCUAUUUUAUGAAUGUUAAUUUUGCAGUUAAAAAAAUAAAAAUACAUUUGCUACUCGAGUCUCAAACUAAAACCAGUGAAGAUGGACGUCAGUGUCUCCGUGUCGUUCUUUCAAGACGAGCUCGCCUCUACCAUCGAGCACGCAGUGAAAGCGGCUGUAGACACCGUCUUGUGCCAAAUCACAAAAGUUGUCGGCGGCAAAUUCACUGAAUUCCGAAUGGAAAUGGCUGGAAAGGAGAAAGAGAAUGAAAGUCUGAAGCUGAGAUUGGAAAUAUCAGAGAGCGAGUUGAAAGCAGUGCGGGAAUGCAUGAACGCUGCAGAUGCAGACAUUAAACAACCUCUCAGAAACAUGAACCCCGACUGCAAUGAACAAGACUUUCAGAGGAAUGAGAACCAGGGAUUAUUUCAAGAUCCCAAAGAGAGCCAUGCUAUGCCAAAAUCUGAAGCACAGGAGGGGCCAAGGAUAGAAGCAGUUUACACACUAGAGGAGUCCUUUCACCAGGAGCUGACAUGUGUUAAAGAUGAAGAGGUCCCUCGACUGGACUGUGUUCCUAUUAAAGAGGAAUUCAUAGAACAGGAAUGUGUCCCCAUCGCAGAGGAAGUUCCUACUGAAAAUAAUGUCUGUACACUUGAGGAGAACAACAAGCUGGGAUCCAGCCUGUGUGAUGAUUGUCCACCUGAAUGUGAACUGGGAUUUAGAGCUUCUAUAGUAGAUGAAGGAGAACACGACUCCACUCCAUCACUCCACUGCAAAAACUCUUCUAGUGGCAAACUGCAGCGCAAGAAACGCAGAGAGACGAUACCUCAAGAAGAGAAUGCAGACAAAUUGAGAGUUCAAAUUCCCCUUGUACAAGACAGGCAACCACUUACUCUGGAGAGUAUAGAUACUGCACAUUCUUUCUAUAUGAACAAUUCUGAAACCUGGGGCAACUUGAACAUUUUGCCUUGUUCUACUCAAGGUGGGAAGAGUUCCCGUCAGUUAGGCUCUCUUAAAACUCACAAGCGAAAUAACACAAGAGGGACUGCAUUUCCCUGUGCUGUUUGUGGGAAGAGUUUCAGUUGUUUCUCACACCUUAAAAGACACCAGCUCAGUCACACAGGAGAGAAACCGUACGAAUGUAAUGAAUGUGAGAAGAGGUUCUCUCAAUUACCACAUCUUAAAAAUCACCUCCGAAUUCACACAGGAGAGAAGCCAUACCACUGUAAUGUUUGUGGGAAGCGCUUUACUGAAUUAGGAAGUCUUAAAAGACACAAAAGAAUUCACACAGGCGAGAUACACAAAUACACAAACAAAUUCACACAUGAGAGAAAUGCUGAAUGUUGGGAAAGAGUUCCUUUGGAGGGACACCUUAUAAACCAUAAAGUUCUCGCAAGACAAAAACCCUGUCCCUGAAGAGAUUAAUGUGAUUUUAAUAUAUACUGUAUAUAUAUAUAUAUAUAUAUAUAUAUAUAUAUAUAUAUAUAUAUAUAUAUAUAUAUAUAUAUAUAUAUAUAUAUAUACUUCAAUGGAAAGAUUCCAUGCAUUCUAAAUACGGUUGAGCUAGAGGGAUAUAAUCCCUGAUAUGUGCCCUUAGAGUCUUUGUUACCGCAUCACAAAAACAAAUCAAAUAAGAUCACUCCGUCAGAUUUUAACACAAUGUUGUUUAAAGUAAAUUUCAACCUUUUUAAUAAGAUGUCCAUUGAGGAAUGGCUGAAUCAAAACAUCCCAGAAAAUAUGAGCACCUCUGAGAUGUCUACAGUCUCUGUAAGUAACACAGAGAGAAGUACUGUCGGACAAACUGAAAAAAAACUACCAUCAGUACUACUACAAGUAGUCCUAGACAUGGGAGUGUUACCCAACAGUGACUUGAUUUAAUUCAAAUAGAAAGAACUGAAAAAAUACCAGAAAACAGCUUGGGCAAUUAAUGUUUUUCAAUGAAUAAAAACACAAUUUUUUAGGAAAACACUUGCCAGAGAAUUUUAUGCAACCGCCAAAAAUAAAGAGGGACAACAGUCCGGUAUAUCAAGUUAUAUUUCUUUGAGAGCUGGGAUACACAGACAUUUAACAAGCUCUCUGUACUGCAAACAAAGAAAAAUAAUAAAAAACUCCAAUUUUACAUCUACAAAUAAUGUCUUUACCUCGAUAACAAAACAGCCCAGGAGAGAGUGCAAGGGUGAGAGCAUACAUCACCCAGCCAUUACUGGAUCAGAUCUGAUAAAAGGAAAGUCUUCUAAUGUUUUAAAUACGAACACUCCACAAGGCCUGCUGUAUAAAGUGUGGUUUGACAUUCAAAUACAUUUUGGGCAGAGAAAGCUCAAGAGAAUUACCUCAUAAUGCUUUCCUGAUCAAAACUGACGUCAAUGGUUUAAAGUGUGCAAGUCUCUGUUUCAAUGAAGCUACAAAAAAUCAUAACAACCCCACAGACAUCUUAAAAUCCAACUACGGAGGGAGAAUGUAUGAGUGCCCCGAUGAUCCAAACUGCCCCAUCAAGUCACUGGAGAAAUAUAUAAUGAAAUGUCAUAAGAAUCCAUCAGCUUUCUGUCUUUAUCCACGAACCGGACUAGAUCCAACCAAUGUGAGCGAUCACAGUAUCUGCUAUACUUGCAGGCCAUUAGGAAAAUACAAAAAUUAGUAUUGCUGCAGGUUUGAGCCGUCGCUGCACAAAUCAUUCAAUUAGGUCCACAAAAAUCCAGUUAUAGUCCAACUUUGGUUUGCAAAGCAUGGAAAUAAUGUUUGUGAUUGGUCAUCAAUGUGAAAGGAGCCUUAAAAAUGACUGGACCGUCAACGUAGAGUAAUGCAAAACCUGAUCACACACUCUGUCGGCAGCAGGAAACGUUCAUUCCCAUCUUCAUCGAAAACUUGAAAUAUUCAAAUCAAUAAACAAGGAAAAGACUUAUUAUUAUUAUUAUUAUUAUUAUUAUUAGUCGUAGUAGUAGUGGUAUUAUUAUUAUUAAUAAUAAUAAUAAUAAUAAUAAUAAUAAUAAUAAUAAUAAUAAUAAAUCUUUUUUCACAAUCUUUUGUUCUCUGUUUAUUCAAAUAAAAGUAUACAGUUGUACAUAUUUUAUAGAGAAGAUUGUUGUUAUGGAGGACUAUAUUUAUGGAAUGUUCAUUUUAGAGUGCUUAUGUGGAAGGAUAUGUUUAAAAAAGGAAAAUCUAAAUAAAUGUAGUUAAAAUCACUAAAAAAUUAUAGUUAAUUGUGCUGUAACAUUGAAGUAUAUGAGCAAUAAGACCCUCCACAUCGGGCAUUGCCAGGCAUUAUAUGACCGUUUGGUUGUAACAGCGACUUUGUCUCGGGCCCCAUUACCCAAAUGGUCAUAUAAUGCCUGGUGAUGCCCUCUGUGUCAUAAGAACAUAAGAAAGUUUACAAACGAGAGGAGGCCCCAUUCGGCCCAUCUUGCUUGUUUGGUUGUUAGUAGCUUAUUGAUCCCAGAAUCUCAUCAAGCAGCUUCUUGAAGGAUCCCAGGGUGUCAGCUUCAACAACAUUACUGGGGAGCUCGUUCCAGACCCUCACAAUUCUCUGUGUAAAAAAGUGCCUCCUAUUUUCAGUUCUGAAUGCCCCUUUAUCUAAUCUCCAUUUGUGACCCCUGGUCCUUGUUUCUUUUUUCAGGUCAAAGAAGUCCCCUGGGUCAACAUUGUCUAUACAUUUUAGGAUUUUGAAUGUUUGAAUCAGAUCACCGCGUAGUCUUCUUUGUCCAAGACUGAAUAGAUUCAAUUCUUUUAGCCUGUCUGCAUACGACAUGCCUUUUAAACCUGGGAUAAUUCUGGUUGCUCUUCUUUGCACUCUUUCUAGAGCAGCAAUAUCCUUUUUGUAACGAGGUGACCAGAACUGAACACAAUAUUCUAGGUGAGGUCUUACUAAUGCAUUGUAGAGUUUCAACAUUACUUCCCUUGAUUUAAAUUCAACACUUAUCACAAUAUAUCCAAGCAUCUUGUUAGCCUUUUUUAUAGCUUCCCCACAUUGUCUAGAUGAAGACAUUUCUGAGUCAACAUAAACUCCUAGGUCUUUUUCAUAGUUCCCUUCUUCAAUUUCAGUAUCUCCCAUAUGAUAUUUAUAAUGCAUAUUUUUAUUGCCCGCAUGCAAUACUUUACACUUCUCUAUUAAAUUUCAUUUGCCAUGUGUCUGCCCAAUUCGGAAUGCUGUCGAUCAUUUUGAAUGACCUUUGCUGCUGCAACAGUGUUUGCCACUCCUCCUAUUUUUGUGUCGUCUGCAAAUUUAACGAGUUUGCUUACUAUACCAGAAUCUAAAUCAUUAAUGUAGAUUAGGAAUAGCAGAGGACCUAAUACUGAUCCCUGUGGUACACCACUGGUUACCUCGCUCCAUUUUGGGGUUUCUACUCUAAUCAGUACUUUCUGUUUUCUACAUGUUAACCACUCCCUAAUCCAUGUGCAUGCAU